GAUGAGAUGAAAUGACACAACCGGUGAUGGUGGACCUGUUCCGCAUCGUAGUUUCCUCAUGAAUGCUCGCCAGUCAAGUCGACGCGUACCUUCUUCAUUCAUCUGGCCAGGAAGGCAUGACCAUUCAAAAGAUACAUAAUGAUGCUACAGUCCUGCAAGUUCUCGACACAUUCCUCCAUGCCGUAAGAUAUCCCAUUCUUCAAUAACCACAAUCAUGCCUGCGGAAAUGGUUCAAGUCCACGUCGAUGUACAACUGGAGGAUGCCGAGACGGACGACUAUAUUCCUAAAGCUGAAAUCGAGGAUGCCUUCCACACUUUUCUGAUCGACGAAUACUUACACCCAGUCAACAACGGAGAGGAACUACGGUUUGACAACUUCAAGCACAAUGCGCAUAUCCACACGGUCCGAGUCACAGGCACCGGUAUGGCGUCAGAGAAUACGAGUAGCUGCUUCGAAUUCGCCAAAGUCGACCUCAAGGUUCACGCUUAUCACCUCCAUACACAAAGCACAACUUCGAGUGAUUUCCUGGCUUCAACGAAUGCGCGGGCCAAGAUCAUCAACCUACCUAAUCAAUGUCUUGACGGUGUUUGGGAGAGUCUCAAGUUCGAUGAGAAACAGAACAUCCAUCCAGAGCAGAUCCUGAAUGAGACGGUGCGCACAGUCGCAUUGCUGUAUCAGGCGGACAAACUUCCUGGAGUGAUGAACAUCAAUCGGUUGAUCCUCUUCCACGGUCCUCCAGGUUGUGGUAAGUCGACGCUGUGCCGAGCACUUGCUCAUAAGCUGGUUACAAGACUCAGUCGUACAUUCAGAGGCGGCAAACUCUUCGAGAUCAACACGCAAGAUUUGUUGAGCAAGUUUUACAGUGAGAGCGGCAAACUUGUGUCUGAGAUGUUUGACAAGAUUCUCAACAUGGCAAACGACAGCAGGGAGCUGGUAUGCGUACUGAUCGACGAGAUUGAGAGCAUCGCAGCCUCGCGUCAAGCAUCUACCAAGAAUGGCGAGUGUGCAGAUACUGUUCGUACUACCAAUCAGCUCCUUACCGCACUGGAUUGUAUCAGGAGCAAGCCCAACAUCGUUGUCUUUUGUACAAGCAAUUUGCUCGAGACGAUUGAUACCGCUUUCCUCGAUCGUGUCUACGACGCCGUCUCGGUGCCAUCACCAUGCGCGAGCGCAGUCUACACUAUCCUCAGCAACAUUUUGAACACUUUGAUUGACGCUGAAGCGAUAACGUACGAGCCAUGGGGCCAGACGUUUUCGACUGUCGAAGCAUCGGCACUCACCAAGCUUAAUGAAUACUUUGACGACAGGACACACUUACCGACUUACGAGGCCUUGAUCAAGUGGACGGCUGCAUUUCCAAGCUCCCCAGGGCCGCUUCUUGAGAUGGUCGCAGUCAAAUGUGCUGGAUUCAGUGGAAGGAAGCUAAUAAAACUUCCAUUUCUUGCCGUUACAAAGUAUACUUGGGCAGAGAAGUGUACAAUCUUCGAGGCGAUCAAAGCUCUAGAGCUGUCUGUAGCGUAUGAGCUGGCAUGCUAAUGACUUUGGGAGGGAACAUGUUGCUUGCACGUCGAAGCAGGCGAGCUAGGAGGACCCUUGACGAGGAUGUUGCUUCGCUGAUGUGGCGAUGGAGCCCAAUAGGCACUUAGUCUAUAUACAUUGCGGGACUCGUUGACUCGCACGCAUAAACUUUCACACCCUGAAUGUGAACGCUGCGGCUCUCAGUAGAC